AAUACUUUUGAAAAAUAAAGUAAUAAAUUUAAUACAUAUAUCGAUCUAAUUAUAUAUUAAUUAAACUACACAGAUAUGGAUUUUAGCAAUCGUAAUUGGAUGUACGAUAGACAUAAUCCUGGAAAGAGGGGCCGGGUUAAAGAGGAAUUUAAAAUAGGGGUCGAAAUGUUUAUCAAUACAGUAAAAUAUAAUGACAUUGUGAUACGUGAAGGGGGAAUUAGAUGUCCGUGUGUACUUUGUCGAUGUACAAGAAUACAGAGCGAAGAUGAAAUUAGGUCUCAUUUAUAUAAAAAGGGAUUCCAACCUAAUUAUUGGGUUUGGUCAAGUCAUGGCGAAGGAUGUUCCACGACUGUUCCCGUGAAUCAAAAUCGUGCUUCAAGCAGUGUUUUUCAGCCCGUUGUUGUUCCCCAAUAUUAUCAUCAGCAUUAUGAUCCGUUUAAUGAGAUGGACAAUAUGAUAACUAAUGCCCUUGGGUUUAAUACGCCGAUUUAUGUGCCAAAUGAUGUCGACGACCCUGCUGAUGAUGAAUAUGACGCUGAUGUUAACGUCGAGAGACCAAAUGAGGAAGCCCAGCGAUUUUUUGAUCUUUUGAAAGAGACAAAUACACCGUUGUGUGAAGGCUCUCGAGACUCAAAGUUAACGGUGUGUAUUAGACUUUUGGGUAUCAAGUCUGAAUGUCUUGUUUCAGAAUACACCAUGGACUUGAUAACAAAACUGAUGUUGGAUAUAACAAUAGACCGUCCUCUUGAUUUGCCAAAAAAUUAUUACGAAGCAAGACAAUUGGUUGCAAAGUUAGGACUCGGAGCGAAGAGAAUUGACUGUUGUGUUAACGGGUGUAUGUUGUACUAUAGCAACGAAUUUGGUGUAGAUGACGGUGCAUUACUUGAAUGUAAAUUUUGUCAAGAACCAAGAUAUCGUGUAACAAGAAAUUCACGGUCAGUCAGAAGGAAGCCAAUCCCAAGAAAGGCGAUGUUCUAUUUACCCAUAAUACCAAGGUUGCAAAGGUUGUAUGCAUCGAUGCAAACAGCCAGUAAAAUGACAUGGCAUCGUGAAAACUAUGAAAGGAGAAAAAUGUCAGGUGAGUUGCGACAUCCUUCUGAUGGAAUGGCUUGGAAGCAUUUUGAUCAAGUUUAUCCUGAAUUUGCUUCGGAGCCACGGAAUGUCCGACUUGGGUUAUGCUCAGAUGGAUUUACACCAUAUACUCAAGUAUCAGCCACUCCAUAUUCAUGUUGGCCUGUUCUGGUUACCCCGUACAAUCUUCCUCCUGAUAUGUGCAUGUCAAAACCUUACAUGUUUUUAGCCGCUGUAAUACCAGGCCCAUCUAGUCCAACUGUUGGUAUUGAUAUCUAUUUACAACCUUUGAUUGAUGAUUUGAAGAGAUUGUGGAACGGUGUUGCGACGUAUGAUAUCAACCAAAAACGAAAUUUCAAUAUGAGAGGAGCUUUGAUGUGGACCAUUAAUGAUUUUCCUGCAUAUGGGAUGUUGUCUGGAUGGGGGACACAUGGUAAACUAGGAUGUCCUAUUUGCAUGAUGGACACCAAAGCGUUUUGGUUAGAAAACGGUGGGAAGGCUACUUGGUUUGACUGUCAUCGUCGGUUCUUGCCUACUGAUCAUCCGUUUAGAAGAAAUAAAAAUGCUUUUGUUCAUGGUGACACCGAGACUCGUGAUCCACCAGAUUAUUUGACAUCCCGACAAGUCUGGAACAAAGUGAAAGAUAUUCCAAAGGUUGAGGUUGUAGGUGGUGUUGCAUCUAAACCGCGUGGUUAUGGACAAACACACAACUGGACAAAAAGAAGUAUCUUUUGGGAUCUGCCGUAUUGGAAAGACAACCUUUUACGUCACAACCUUGAUGUUAUGCAUAUUGAGAAAAAUGUGUUUGAAAAUAUUUUUAACACUGUCAUGAAUGUCAAAGGAAAAACGAAAGAUAAUGACAACGCGAGGAGAGACAUAGGGUUGUAUUGCAAACGUAACGAACUGUUGUUGGUGGAGACAUCUAACGGCAAACUUCUUAAACCUCGUGCAAACUAUACUUUAUCUCCUGAAGAAGCAAAAUCUGUUUGUCGAUGGGUAAAAGAAGUGAAGAUGCCGGACGGUUAUUCGUCGAAUUUGGCGAGAUGCGCUGAUGUUGACCAUGGAAGGAUGCGUGGGAUGAAAAGUCAUGAUUGUCAUGUUUUUUUCCAGACUUUACUUCCGAUUGCAUUUAGUUCUUUACCCCAACAUGUAUUGAAUCCGCUUAUUGAAAUCAGUCAAUUUUUCAAGAAUUUGUGUUCGACAACGCUAAGAGAGGCUGAUCUCAUCAAGAUGGAAAAUGACAUUCCACUGAUCUUGUGUAAGUUGGAGAGAAUAUUUCCUCCUGCCUUGUUUGAUUCUAUGGAGCAUGUUGUGGUGCAUCUUGCAUACGAGGCUAGGCUUGGUGGGCCGGUUCAAUAUAGAUGGAUGUACCCGUUCGAAAGGUUCAUGGGUUAUGCAAAACGUGCCGUGAAAAACAAAGCUAGGGUCGAAGGCUCAAUUUGUGCAACAUACUUACACCGCGAAACAAUUUACUUUUGUUCGCAUUACUUCAAAGACACGUUGUCAUCAAGCCAUAUUCGCAAUGAAACUGAAACAUCUCGGCCUGUGAGAAUUCACCCAUUAAACAUGUCAAUAUUCAGCUUGCCUGGUCGUAAUGGUGGUGGUGAGAAAGUGUUGUAUCCUGGUGACAAAGUUCUCUAUUCGGCGCAUGUUCACUUGCUGAUUAAUUGCAAUGAAGUCGAGCCAUAUUUACAGAUGUUUUUAACACAACAUACUUCUGCUCAAAUCAAUUCGCAAUUUCCAGCAUGGUUCAAAGAAUACAUGUACCAACAAACACCCGCAACUCGUGUCAUACAACACUUGAGAAACUUAUCUGAUGGCCCAAAGUCAACCGUUAAACAAUGGCACACCUACUUUGUCAAUGGUUACAGAUUUGAGACACACAGUUGGAGUGAAGGAAAAACAACAGUAAACAGUGGAGUGUGUAUGAAAGGUGUGACUGAAAAUGGUGAAGGAGAUUUUUACGGUGUCAUUGAGAACAUAUUUGAAAUCGAAUACAAUUACCUUGAUUACAAGAAAACAGUCGUGUUGUUUUACUGUAAAUGGUUUGAUCCUUCAAAUAGAGGUACCAGAUAUGAUUCAAAGACUAAUACCGUUGACAUAAAAAUGAACAAACAUUAUCCAUUGUAUGAUCCGUUUGCUAUGGCUCAUAACGUCAGACAAGUUCACUAUGUCCCUUAUCCAUCGACUACAAGGGAUAAGCGAGGAAGAUGA